AUGACUAUAAUGAGCGCUGCUUCUUCCUCUUCUUCUGGUGAUAUUCGUCAUUUGAUUUCGAUCAAGGAUUUGAGCGAUGAUGAGUUCAAGAGCUUGGUCGAUAGAGCCGAGUAUUACAAGAAGGUGUUCAAGAGUAAUGAUAUUUCAGAAUUCCAAAAACAACAUUUGAAGUUGUUGGGUAAGACCAUCGCUUUAAUUUUCACCAAGAGAUCUACUAGAACCAGAAUUUCCACAGAAGGUGCGGCCGCAUUCUUCGGUGGUCAACCAAUGUUCUUGGGGAAAGAUGAUAUCCAAUUAGGUGUUAAUGAAUCAUUCUAUGAUACAACUAAGGUUGUGUCUUCCAUGGUUUCAUGUAUCUUUGCCCGUGUCAAUAGACAUGCUGACAUUUUGAACUUGGCCAAGGAUUCUUCUGUGCCAAUUAUCAAUGCUCUUUGUGACAAGUUCCAUCCUUUGCAGGCCAUUUGUGAUAUGUUGACCAUUAAGGAACAUUUGGACUACGAUAACAAUAAAUUGAAGAUGGCUUGGGUUGGUGAUGCCAACAAUGUGAUUAACGAUAUGGCUAUUGCUGCUUUGAAACUGGGGAUCGAUGUCGCCGUAGCCACUCCUCCAGGUAUUGAAUUGGACAGCGACAUCCAACAAGAGGGUCAAAAAUUAGCUGCUCAGAACAACUGUGAGUUUGUCUGCACUCAUGAUUCGAUGGCUGCUUGUACAGACGCUAAUAUCUUGGUGACAGACACUUUUGUUUCCAUGGGUGAAGAAUUCGCUAAGGAAGCUAAAUUAAGACAAUUUGCUGGGUUCCAAAUUAAUUCAGAACUAUGUUCUGUUGCUGCACCAAACUAUAAAUUCAUGCAUUGUUUACCAAGACACCAGGAAGAAGUUACGGAAGAAGUCUUCUACGGUAAAAACUCCAUUGUUUUCGAAGAAGCAGAAAAUAGACUAUAUGCAGCCAUGGCCGCUAUUGACAUAUUUGUGAACCACAAGGGUGACUUCUUCUCACAUCCAUAA